UGCAGCAGGAAACACAAGGCGAACAUUUGACGGAGAGAACGUAUCAAAUGCAGCCCAAGGCAAACGCUAUAAAAUUCAGCAAAAAUUCUACAUAGAUAAAAAAAAUGUUUGAUUAAUUCCAAAUAUGGGCAAGGCAAGCUCUGAACUUGAUCUUGAGACAGCCUCCGAGUUAGUCUCAACCUCCGACUCUGGCUGUGACCAGUUUUCCUAGCCGGCUUGCAUUGAGCUUGAGUCGGCGUUCACUUUUGCAAUUGCAGUCAGUAUUCUCUGGCUGCUAUAAAAGCAGCACUCGAGUCUCCGAUUGACAACAGUUGCAAAUCAUUUGCUCAGCUUAACAAAUCCACCUGAAACACAACAGCAUAGUCACAUUCAAAAUGUUCAAAGUUCUGUUCGUGCUCGUCGCUUGCGCCGCUGUCCAGGCCUAUGCCCAUCCGGGAGUAGUCGCCGUGGCUCCGGUGGUGCACACACCAGUGGUCGCUGCGGCUCCCGCAGUUGUGCACUCACCAAUCAUUCAUCACGGCGCCCACUCGGUGCACUCGCACGUUGUGCAUCAUCCCGCCCCUGUAAGGGUGGUGCAUCCAGUCGUCGCCAAGCCUGUGGUCGCUGUGCAUGCCGUGAAGCCCAUUGUGCCCCUAGUGCCAGUGCAUCAUGCUGCUCCCGCUGUUGUGGUGCAUCAUUAGAGAGCCUACCCGAUUUCCGAUACCCGCUCCUAACCCCUAACCCAUCCCGACCCAUCUCCCAGCACAUUCCAAUACCACAAUAAAGGUUCAUAGCCACGUAAA